AUGUAUCGCAUUUGGAACAUCUACGUUCUUGCUGCCUUUGGCACCAUUGGAGGCAUGAUCUUCGGCUUCGAAAUCAGCUCCAUGAGUGCCUGGAUUGGCUCUGAUCAAUAUCUCGACUACUUCAACCACCCAGGCUCAUCUCAGCAAGGUGGCAUUACUGCAUCCAUGUCUGCUGGAUCAUUUAUCGGAUCUCUCUUAUCCGGAUGGCUCGCCGAUCGCCUGGGUCGCCGAUUAGCCAUCCAAAUUGCUUCUGUGGACUGGAUUAUCGGUGCUGUGCUGCAGUGCUCUUCUCAAAAUGUGGCUCACCUCGUUGUGGGCCGCAUUGUCAGUGGACUUGCAAUCGGCGUAACUAGUUCUCAGUGUAUCGUCUAUCUUUCCGAGCUUGCUCCUUCUCGUAUCCGCGGCCGAGUUGUUGGCAUUCAACAGUGGUCUAUUGAUUGGGGUAUUCUGAUAAUGUACCUUAUUUCUUACGGUUGUUCCGUCUCUAUCCACAAACCGGCAGCAUUCCGAAUCGCAUGGGGCCUACAAGCCGUACCCGGAGCGAUUUUAUUCGUUUCCCUCUUCUUCUUCCCCGAAUCUCCUAGGUGGCUCGCAUCCAAGGAUCGCUGGGAAGAAUGCCACGAAAUCCUGGCGAAUCUGCACGCCAAAGGCGAUCGAAGCAAUAUCGCGGUUCUCGCUGAGCUUGAGGAGGUCAGGGAAGCGGCGAGGAUUGCUAAUGAGUCAAAAGAAAUCGGCUACUUGGGCUUAUUCGCUCCCAAGAUGUGGAAGCGGACGCUGGUUGGUGUCAGUGCACAGGUCUGGCAGCAACUUCUCGGGGGCAAUGUUAUGCUCUAUUACCUUGUUUACAUCUUCAACAUGGCUGGCAUGGUGAGCCUUGUAUACACCACCGUGCACUAA